AUGGUGUAUGCCAGGCUGUCAUACUACCUUGAGACGCGGAACCUUCUGCACCCCUACCAGUUUGGUUUUCGUCCCGGUCAUAGGGCCAUGGAUUUGGUCGUUAAACUCCUCCAGGACAUUAGAGAGGGCUUUAUUCAGAAGCGUGUUACUGGUGCUGUCUUUUUCGACUGCGAAAAGGCCUAUGACCGGGUGAAUCCCUCACUGUUGUUGCUGAAGCUUCAGCGGAUGGGUGUUACCGGCAGAGUCUACUUUUGGCUGAGGGAUUUCCUCACCGACAGGCGUGUCCGCACCAAGGUGAACCAUGUCUAUUCCAAUUACCUACCUGUGGGACAGGGCGUUCCUCAGGGGUCUUCUUUGUCUUGUCUUCUGUUCCUCGUCUAUGUAAACGACUUGCUGCCACAACUUCAUUGUGCCCCCUCCGUGUAUGCGGAUGAUUUGAAGCUUCAUCGCACCGCUUCAUCCCUUCUGGAGAUUCAGCAGUCAUUACAGGUAGACCUGGACACCAUACAGGAAUAUUGUAAGACCUGGCAGCUCCGGAUGAAUCCCUCUAAAUCCGUUUACUGCCUGUUCUCCCUGUCUUUAACCGGACAUUUGGAUAGACUGGUUCUCAAACUUGGCUCGGACACCCUGUCUUAUGAGAUGUACCCGGUUCUGCUCGGGGUUACUUUGGACCGGAAGUUACUUAUGAAGAAACACAUCAAUUCGGUCUGUCACCGCUUUGAUCAGGCUUACGGGAGUAAGCUGGUUCGACUUGCUACUCUCGAUUCCGGUGCAUCUGCAAAAGUACUCCGGUCCGUCUACCUCACAGCGGUAAAAUCGGUCUUGGACUACUCUGCCCCCAUCAUGCUCAUAGCAUCGGGUGACGCUCUCAAAGAAGUAUACACUCGGCAUCACCGGGCCGUACGUUAUGUGGCUGGGCUCGGCCGAAACUCGCCUGACCUUGUCUGCUCUAUCAUGGCUUCGGUGGAACCCCUGGAUUUGUCAUUCCGCCGGGCCAUGGUAACUUCUUAUGAACGCUACCGACGCCUCCCCCCAGUGGACCCCAUGCGUCAGAUGGUUGACAGGUGGCGGGAGUCGGAGCACCUGAUGGGGCGGCUGCUUAAACGUACCUGGGUCGAGCAGGCUGAGUAUUUGCUCAGUCUGUUCCCCUCGCCCUUGCCCUUUUCCCGGAGACAAAUCUGUCAGCAUGCCGCUUAUCCACCGUACAUUCCUCCCGACCUUCCUGCCAUCCGGAUGGAGUUACCGGGUUCACCUUCCACAAAGGAGGAGAAGUUGGCAUCAUUUCUACACCUGAUAGAUUCCUACACGGUCGAUGCGUUAUGCAUUUACACGGACGGUUCGACUCCAGCAAGAUCCACAUUGAGUGGAUAUGGAGUGUAUUUUGACGGAUUCACGGACUCUGAGCUGUACGGUCCUGUAUACGGUAGCAUAUUUACCGCUGAGCUUACUGCCAUUUACCUCGCUCUUCAACAGGCCGUGCAUUUGUGUGCUGUUCACCCAUACAGCUCUGUGUACUUACAUACAGAUUCUUUGUCGUCACUUCGUGCCCUUGCCAACCCCCUGCACAAGUCUUCAUCUGAUUUAGUGACUGAUGUGCGGUUUCUAGCUUUGUCCCUAUGCAGGAAGUCUGUGCCAGUGUACCUACAGUGGGUUCCCUCCCAUAUUGGAAUUCGGGGUAAUGAGGUUGCUUACCGCCUAGCUGGCCAGGGUGCCGCCCUUCACGGGAAGGAGGGUGCCCCACCAUGCCCUCCUUCCUCAUACGACACUGCACGUCUCAUGAUUCACCAGGCCUUGCGCGAUCAAUGGCAGUCGCGGUGGCUGACCUGCCGACUCAUCGCGUCCUGUACUCUUAUCAGACCAGGGUCUUUCAUAAUAGCGACCCCUGGUGGCAGCUCACUCGCCAUCAACAAACUGCCGUUGCUCGCGCUCGGUCUUUGUGCCCUCUUAUGCUACUCCAUCAACGCUCCUGACGGGAAGUGCUCUAUAGCUUGCCGGCUGUGUUCAUUUGAUUUGGAAACUAUCGACCAUAUUCUUGCCUGUCCUUCCCUACAGACAUUACGAACUCGCCUUGCCGGCACAUCUGGUUUCAAGGUAUCUGAUCUCUGGAAGAACUCGAGACUCAUGGCAAGGCUGGCCCACUACCUACGACAUGCCUCGAAACUCCUUCAGCAGCGGGCCGCCCAAGAGCGCGCCAUGACUUUCAAUGUUCAUCCGAAGGGUAACACUUCACAGACGGACUCUGCCCCUGUUGUGUUGACAGGUCGGGCUCAAGAUAGGGACACUUACAUUACUCCCCAACGGGCUUAUACCCGGAGGGGUUGGGCUUUUAAUGACUAUAAGGAUGCUACUGAUCCAGUGACUUCUGGAGAGGAGGACCCUCUACCUUGUUAG